UGAGAUAAAAAUUUCAAAAAAAGAAAGGAGGGAUGGUUAAAUAUGCUUUCAAAUCUAGUGGGAGUCUUUCCAUAAGUACCAGUCAUCAUUUUCAGAAAUCUUCAUAAUAUAUAUUGUCUUCUCUCAAGAUUGGACCAUAGUUUAAGUGUUAAAAUUAAAGAAAUGAAGAGCCAAAUUUUACUUUUGGCCUUGCUUUGCACAAUUGGCAUUGUAUUUACACAAAAUGUUAACGAAGAGGAAAUAAAUAAUUUUGACGUCGAAAACAGUGAUUCACAGUCCACUUCUCUUUCGAGACCAAAACGAACACUUUUUCUUAAAAAAAAAAUUUUAGGCGCUGGAGCAAUAGGUUUUGGUCUCGGACUUGGAGUCGGUGCAAUAAAAGGUUAUAAAUAUGGAAGUAGAGGAGGCUAUGGAGGUGGAUAUGGAUAUGGUGGUCAUGGUUAUGGUGGAUAUGGUGGUUACUAUGGUCCCACAAAUUAUUACAAACCCUAUAAUCAUUAUUCACAAAAUUAUUAUUGGAAAAAGCCUAAUUACAAUUUAAAUUAUGGUUAUCCGAGUAAUUCCGGAUGGAAUGGUUAUAAUUAUGCCAAUAGUAAUGCAAACAGUUGGAAUGCAAAUCUUGGACCAUUUAAUGCGGGAUUUUCUUCAAGUCAAGCAAGUGCAAGUUCCAAUUCAGGAUUAGGUGGCUAUCAAAACGGGGGGUAUUACUAUUGAGACGAAAAUUGAUGGAGAAACGUAAGAAAAAGUACCAAAAAAAAAACAGGAUUGUUCCUUAAAAACAGAA